GAAAAAGAAGAUAUAAAAUUAAAAACAGAAGUAUACGCUUUAAGUCAAUCUAUCUCUAUGUCUGCUCACAAAGCGCGAAGAGUACUUGAUCAAAUUCUUGGACGUUCCUAUCGGGAAACACUUACGAUACUUGAACUCAUGCCUUAUCGAGCGUGUUAUCCCAUUUUUAAAUUAAUUUAUUCUGCAGCAGCAAAUGCUAAGCACAAUAUGGGUUUGAACGAAGAAUAUUUAGUCAUUACUAAAGCCACAGUCAACGAGGGUACUACCGUGAAAAAAUUGAAACCUCGAGCUCGAGGACGUAGUUAUGCGAUAAAAAGACCCACUUGUCAUAUAACUAUUGUAUUGAAAGAUACAGCCUUAUAUGAAAAAUAUGUCGUAGAAAACUCUAUCAGGUGUUUAAAAAAAACCGGAUGGAUAUAUAAAAAGAAGUCCACAGAUAUUACGUGUCAUAAUAUGUAUAGUAGUGGGGGAGUAUGGGACAAAAAAUAA